AUGACAGAUACCGGUUUAACACCCCGACAAAUUCAAAAGGCAGUUACCGUGUUCAAUCCUCAAUUAUCAAACGAUAUAAUAAAAAUUCCGAAUGUUGCACGCACACAUCGGCAAAAGAAUCGCUGCAGUAUAAAAUUUAUUGAAGACUUAAAGGCCUGGUGUUUAGGUCGUAAUCAUUUUCCACCAACAUCAUUGCCACAUCAGGUAUUUGUACCGCACUUUGAAGUAACUGACGUCGAUAACACGUUCAUUUGUUUAACCACUCGUCAAUUAUUAUCGACAUGUCAAUAUUCAAAAGUUUUGACCAUCGAUUGUACGUACAAAAUAACAACCAAUGAAUUACCACUUGUGGUCUUUGGCACCAGUGAUCUACAUCGUCAUUUUCGUCCAAUUGGUUUAUGCUUGAUUUCAACCGAUCAAUCUUCCGAAACGUUUAAAACAUUAUUUCGUGGAAUUCAGGUUAGUAUAAAACUGGGAGUAUUCACAAAUAACAAUGCUCCAUACAAAGGGGAGUGCUGGCUUUUCUCAUUGGCUGCAAUUUCUCAUGUAAUGGCUGAUGGUGCGUCAGGUGUGACAAGUGUCAUGUCAGAAUUAUCAUCAGUACGACGACUUAUGUGUUGGGCGCACGUUAUACGAAAAUGUCGAGAACAUCGAAACUUGAUGACUGGUAACCCGGGGUGUUCUCUUCAAAAUGGGAGUGAAGCAAGACCUUGA